GGGGCUGUGUGUGUGUGAGAGAGGGAGAGAUAGGGAGACAGGGAGGGGGCUAAGUAUGUAUGUGACAGAGAGGAUGAAAAUGAGACGGGGACAGAGAAGAGGGCUGUGUGUAAAAGAGAGGGAGAAAAAGAGGGAAAUAUAAGAGAGCUGUGUUUGAUAGAGGGAGGAGAAAAAAGAGAUUGAGGGAGGGCUGUUUUGAGGAUGUGCUUGAAAACGGAGGAGGAGGAGGGAAAAGGAGAGAACUGAGCUGAGAAAAAUCUGUCUGAUCCGCACACUGGUCUCUGCGAUAGAGGAAAGAGGAGGAGGAGAAGAGAGGCGGAAGAGAAGAGAGGAUAGGAAGAAGAAGCGAGAGAACACAGGACUGCACAGUGAGAUUCACAUUGGAGACCUGGAGGAUCUAUUGACAGGGUUAGAGGUCAGGGACUAGGCAGACAUGAUGACAUCACAUGGAAAGCUGAGGAUGCAGAGAGGGAGUCUAUAUGAGUAUGACUCCCAGAUCAAAGACCUGCGGGCCCAGCUGUGUGACCAGAUGAAGGUUCUGGACGGUCAGGUGGAGGUCAAAGGUCAACAGCUGUCUGACCUGUCCGAGUUCUUCCGUCGUCGUGGUGACAUUGAGGCGGAGUAUGCCCGUGCCCUCGACAAACUUACAGAGAGGUUCACCCUGAAGACCAAGAGGAAGGAGCAGAGUGGUCAGUCGGUGUCUCAGUGUUGGUCAGUUCUGUUGACUCAAACACGUGCAGAGAGCAGAGAACACGCAGCGCUGAGUGACUCCUGUUCACACACACUCACACAGCGACUCACACACUGCUCAGAGGACACACACCGCCUGGCAAAACGGAGUAAGGAGGUGGGAGUUCAGAUGCAAGAUGAGCUACUGAAGGUCACCACUGAACUGCAGACGUGUGGCCACCGCAUCCCCUUCGUGUGCUGUCGUGUGUCUGUGUGUCGUGCAUCGUCAGGCUCUGCAGGUAAUACCACCAAGACCAUACCAUGA